AUGCCGCCGCGUGUGAACAAGCAGUUGGAACCCAGUGGUUCCAGGCUAGUUCUGCAAGACGGUGAGUCUGAGAAACCACAAGAGGAACAUGCUGUACCAUCAAUAGAAUGUGAGACACAUGCAAGCAGAGAACACAGUGAAGACACUAGCUCUCCUGUUGGAGAUAGGAAUGUUGGGAGCACUUAUCAGGAUAAUUUCAGCAAUGAAAGCAUUCGUUAUCAACACAGUGGAUACCAGCUUCUGCCUUCAUACCUCCAGCAGGAUGUAGCAAUGCGGACUUUGCUCAGAGAUUUCCAAAAGUGGUGCACUCCUUAUAGUGUGCCUCAUGAAAAGAGAACAGUGAAAAGGAGCUAUAAUAAUCAAAUUUGUGUUACUGUGUGGAUAGAAAAAAAUUCUCCAGAGGGACCAACAAAUAUGAAAGCACAGAAUGAAACCACUGAUAUCUGGUUCAAGGUCCUGAUUCCAUAUGGAAGAAAUUAUAACAAGAUAUGGCUGAUGAAGUCAAUCCAGAGCCAGUGCACUGUACCCUUCACUCCAGUUGAUUUCCACUACGUGAAACAUCAGGCCCGGUUCUUCAUCCUGAAUGCUACCACUGCUGUUGCAUUGUCAGAAGUCAGCCACAAAAUUUAUGAUGAGGAGAACCAAACGAUACCUGUCUUUGUCCUUCGCUCUGGUGUUCCCUACUCUGUGCAGAAUCAGUUCCAGCCAGAGAAAAUAGAGAAACUAAGGCUGGCUCUAAACAAACGAUAUAAUGCUGACCAGCAAUCUCUUGACCUGCAGAGACUCCGUUUGGACCCAGAUUUGGUAGGCCAUCAUAUUGACAUGAUUCUGAAUCGAAGAAACUGCAUGGCUGCUACUCUACAGGUCAUUCAAACUGAUUUCCCUGAGCUGCUGUCUUUGAACUUGAGUGGCAACAAACUGUACCAGCUGACUGGCCUGUGUGAAAUUGUCGAUAAGGCCCCUAAUGUCAAGAUCCUGAACCUUUCCACAAAUGAGCUGAGGUCAGUAUGGGAACUGGACAAGGUAAAAGAGCUGAUGCUCGAAGAAUUGUGGCUACAAGGAAACCCCUUGUGUGUCACUUUCCCUAACCAUGCUGCCUAUGUAAGUGCUGUUCGUGAGUGCUUUCCCACAUUAUUACGCCUGGAUGGCCAAGAGUUACUUUUGCCAAAUGUCAUUGAUGAGCCAUUCACCUUCCAAGAACUCCCGAAAGGAACUGAAAUGUUGAGGAAGCUGAUCUUGCAGUUCCUGCAGGAGUAUUAUUUUAUCUAUGACUAUGGAGAUCGCCGGUGUCUCCUUGAUAGUUACCACAGGAAGGCCUACUUCUCCCUCACCAUUCCUUUUGAACCCAUGGAACCUGCCCCGAUUGGCUUAUGCGAAUAUUUUAAGGACAGCAGGAAUAUGAAAUACAUCCAGGACCCCGGUUUACGGAUUCAGAUGCUACAGCACACAAGCCAUGAUAUUGUGGAAACACUCAGCAUGUUGCCCAGAACUCAACAUAACUUGGACUCCUUUUCACUGAACCUGUGGUUUCAGACGAAUACUACAGUUGGCUUUUCUGUCAACGGGGUGUUCAAGGGAGAAAGUAAUUCUCAGGAUUAUCUAUUUGUCUUUACCCAGAACUUCAUUAUGACCCCCAAAAACAGUUCUAGUCUUUGCAUCCUGAAUGACCAGCUGUUUGUGAGAGAUGCCAUCCCUGAUAUCCUGAGUGACUUCUGUAUUCCAAGUCCCAAUUCCAACUCUGGCAAAAAGUCCAACCUUACCAAGCUACAGCUUAAGAUGAUAAAAACAUUCUCCCUGCAGUCUGGCAUGCACGCGGAGUGGUCUGAAAAGUGUCUCGAGGACAGCGGGUGGAACUACACCAGAGCCAGGCAAACCAUUACCCUCCAGGCCCAGAGUGACAACCCAGAGAAUGCUUUCAUGCAAAUGCACUAG